AUGUUUCAGAACACAUCUGUAUCUACAUUUUUGCUUCUAGAAUUCUCCAAGACCUGGGAACUGCAGAUUCUCCAUUUCACCAUGUUCCUGUUGUUAUAUUUAACAAUUAUAACAGGGAAUAUUUUAAUCAUCUCUGCAGUAGCAUUUGACCAUCAUCUUCAUACACCAUUAUAUUUCUUUCUGAUGAAUUUGGCUGUACAGGAUUUGUGCUCUGUUUCAGUGAUUCUUCCCAAAUCCAUGAUCAAUUCCCUCCUGAAUACCAGGGACAUUUCUUAUUUUGGAUGUGUUGCUCAGGUUUUUUUGGUUUUCUUUUUUAUAUCAUCAGAUUUUUUUCUUCUCACAGUCAUGGCAUAUGACCGGUAUAUUGCUAUAUGUAAUCCACUGCACUAUGAAAUGAUGAUGAGCAAGCAAGCUUGUACACGAAUGGUAACUAUGGUAUGGUUUGCUGGUCUUGCUCAUGGGGUUAUACACACAAGUGGGACUUUUGCAACCCCUUUCUGCUCUAAUGUGAUAAAUCAAUUCUUCUGUGAGAUCCCCCAGUUACUUAAACUUGCUUGCUCUGACUUAUAUUUAAUUGAACUUGGAGUUGUAGUUCUAAGUGUUGCCAUUGGGGUAGGUUGCUGUUGCUUCAUUAUUGUGACUUAUGUACAUAUCUUCACGGCACUCUUUCAGAUUCCUUCCUUGCAGGGGAGGCAAAAAGCAUUUGCAACUUGUCUUCCUCACAUCAUUGUAUUUUCCAUGUUUUUAUUUACAGCAAGUACUGCUUAUUUACGACCAACCUCUGACACUCCAUCAUAUCUGGACUUGAUUUUUACAAUGAUAUAUUCAAUGCUUCCUCCUCUGCUGAAUCCAAUUAUUUACAGCAUGAGAAACAAGGCAAUUAAAAAAGCUCUCUCAAAACUAUUCAGAGGAAAACACUGUUCCCUGAAUACAUCAUGCUGA